CCUGGAAUCAGAAGGCUGAACCUAGUCCCUGGCCUGGGCUGUGUGCUUCCAGCCUCCUCUCCUCUCCUCUCCACACCAGAACAGAGCCUGGCCCCAGCUCCCAGGAAAUACAGAAAAAAAAAAAUGGGUAAAUGAAUGAGUGACAGGGUGUCUUGUUCCACACAAGACACAGGGAGCAGGGGGAGCGGGAGGGGCUCCUGGCUGCAGGAUGCACCCCGCACUGUACCCAAAACCCCACCCUUCCCUGGGGGACACAUGGUCCCACCCUGAGCUGCUUUUCUUAGGACCCCAGCCCCAGCCCAGCCCAGCCACACCAUUCCACUCUCUUCAGCCAGUCAAGAGGCUGGGCGGGGUCAAGGUGGCAACAGGGGAGGGGCCAGGACACAGUUCUCAUUGAUUUAAACCCAGGCAGCCUGGAGUGCAGCUCAUGCUCCAUACCCCGGAUUCCCAUCUUGCCACUCUCCUGCUGCCCUCCAGACAUGCGGGGGCCCUGGGUGCUGCUGCUGCUGUUGGGUCUGAGGCUACAGCUCUCCCUGGGUGUCAUCCCAGUUGAAGAGGAGAACCCAGACUUCUGGAACUGCCAAGCAGCCGAGGCCCUGGGUGCCACCAAAAAGCUGCAGCCUGCACAGACAGCCGCCAAGAACCUCAUCAUUUUCCUGGGUGAUGGGAUGGGGGUGUCUACGGUGACAGCUGCCAGCAUCCUAAAGGGGCAGAAGAAGGACAAACUGGGGCCUGAGACCCCCCUGGCCAUGGACUACUUCCCAUACAUGGCUCUGUCCAAGACAUACAAUGUAGACAAGCAUGUGCCAGACAGUGCAGCCACAGCCACGGCCUACCUGUGCGGGGUCAAGGGCAACUUCCAGACCAUUGGCUUGAGUGCAGCUACCCACUUUAACCAGUGCAACACAACACGUGGCAAUGAGGUGGUCUCCGUGAUGAACCGGGCCAAGAAAGCAGGGAAGUCAGUGGGAGUAGUGACCACCACACGGGUGCAGCACGCCUCACCAGCCGGUGCCUACGCCCACACGGUGAACCGCAACUGGUACUUGGACGCCAACGUGCCUGGUUCGGCCCGCUGGGAGGGCUGCAAGGACAUUGCCACGCAGCUCAUUUCCAACAUGGACAUUGACGUGAUCCUAGGUGGAGGCCGAAAGUACAUGUUUCCCAUGGGGGCCCCAGACCCUGAGUACCCACAUGACUACAGCCAGGAUGGGACCAGGAUGGAUGGGAAGAACCUGGUGCAGGAAUGGCUGGCGAAGCACCAGGGUGCCCGGUACGUGUGGAACCGCACUGAGCUCAUGCAGGCUUCCCUGGACCCGUCUGUGACCCACCUCAUGGGCCUCUUUGAACCCGGAGACAUGAAAUAUGAGAUCAACCGAGACCCCACACUGGACCCCUCCCUGCUGGAGAUGACAGAGGCUGCCCUGCGCCUGCUGAGCAGGAACCCCCGCGGCUUCUACCUCUUUGUGGAGGGUGGUCGCAUAGACCAUGGUCAUCAUGCGGGCUUGGCUUACCAUGCGCUCACCGAGGCGGUCAUGUUCGAUGACGCCAUCGAGAGGGCAGGCCAGCUCACCAGCGAGGAGGACACGCUGACCCUCAUCACUGCUGACCACUCCCACGUAUUCUCCUUUGGUGGCUACACCUUGCGAGGGAGCUCCAUCUUCGGGUUGGCCCCCAGCAAGGCUCUGGACAGCAAAGCCUACACGUCCAUCCUGUACGGCAAUGGCCCGGGCUACGUACUCAACUCAGGCGUGCGGCCAGAUGUGAAUGAGAGUGAGAGCGGGAGCCCCGAUUACCGGCAGCAGGCAGCGGUGCCCCUGUCGUCCGAGACCCACGGAGGCGAAGACGUGGCGGUGUUCGCGCGCGGUCCUCAGGCGCACCUGGUGCACGGUGUGCAGGAGCAGAGCUUCGUAGCGCACGUCAUGGCCUUUGCCGCCUGCCUGGAGCCCUACACGGCCUGCGACCUGGCGCCCCCCGCCGGCACGACCGACACCGCGCCUCCCGCUCCCGCCGGCACUACCUACACCGCGCCUCCCGCUCCGGCCGGCACCACCGACGCUGCGCACCCGGUUCCCGCGUCGCUGCCUCUGCUGGCCGGGACCCUGCUGCUGCUGGGGCCGGCCGCUGCUCCCUGAGCGCCCCACCCUGGAGUUAUCCUGCUCCCCACCUCCAGGCGUCCUGCCCUGCUCCCCGUCCUGAGCUGCCACUUUCGGCGUGAACACAUACAGGUGACCUGCCGCUGGACCUUCAUCCCCUAGAGAUAAACCAGCAUUAGCUGGAGCAGCGCUGCCCUUCUUCCCUCUGCAUCCCCUUCAGGGAGCAGGAACCCAGGGCGCCCUGGGAGCUGAGCCUGGGACUCCCAGGACCUCCCCCCAAGCUGCUCUCUGAUUCUUCCUCCCAACCCCAGAGACUGCGGAUUUGUGCCAUGCGGCUGCCUGCACCCCAGACAAUAAAGGGAC